UGCAGCAGAUGACUGCCUGCUCACCUUGCCACGGGCUCCACACCAGAUUGGUCGGUUUUUUUUACCCAUGAUUCCUCCCGGUUCGGAGCGGACUACAUGUUGGCCGUCAUGCCAGAACGAGCGGUUCCUCCGUGGGACCGCUGAUGCGCGCAGAGCUGAGCCGAACCGAACCGAACCGCAGCAAAUGAGGGUCUCUGACGGCGGCAUGGCAGCCAAAAGCUCCGAGGGAUCCAUUAAAUGGCAGCUCUGCUACGACAUCUCCGCCCGAACCUGGUGGAUGGAUGAGUUCCAUCCGUUCAUCGAGGCGCUACUCCCCCAUGUCCGGGCCUUCGCCUACACCUGGUUCAACCUGCAGGCGCGCAAGAGGAAGUACUUCAAGAAGCACGAGAAGCGCAUGUCAAAGGAGGAGGAGCGCGCAGUGAAGGACGAGCUGCUGGGCGAGAAGCCCGAGGUGAAGCAGAAGUGGGCGUCCCGCCUGCUGGCCAAGCUGCGUAAGGACAUCCGGCCCGAGUUCCGGGAGGACUUUGUGCUGACGGUGACGGGCAAGAAGGCGCCGUGCUGCGUGCUGUCCAACCCGGACCAGAAAGGCAAGAUGCGGCGCAUCGACUGCCUGCGGCAGGCUGACAAGGUGUGGCGCCUGGACCUGGUGAUGGUCAUCCUGUUCAAGGGAAUCCCGCUGGAGAGCACGGACGGUGAGCGGCUCGUCAAGGCGCCGCAGUGCGCCAACCCCGGCCUCUGUGUUCAGCCACACCACAUCGGCGUCUCCGUCAAGGAGCUCGACCUCUACCUGGCCUACUUCGUGCACUCAGAAACCAGCCAAUCAGAAAGCCCCAACCACGCCAGCGAAUCAGACAUCAAGGAACAGCCAGAGAACGGUGAG